CUCCCAUUGUCACAGGCAUAAAAGACGCCAGGUGGGAGAAAGAAUCUUUCACUCCUGCUUCAAGAGCACAAACUGUGUGAACUGUGCUUAGAGUUCAAUCCUUGCUAUCUACUCACCAUGUCCACUUACAGCUUGAAGCAAAUAACUUCUUCUGGGUUAGGUAAUAUUAGUGGUUCCUCAGGCGGUCGGGCUGUUGGUUCCUUCAGGGCUUCAAGUAUACAUGGAGGAUUUGGUGACAGGGGUAUUUCUGUCUCUACUGCUCGGUUUGUCUCUUCUGGGGUAGGAGGUGGCCUUGGGGGUGGAUAUGGUGGUAGUUUGUACGGUGGCUUUGGUGGUGGUGAUGGCCUCCUUUCUGGAAAUGAAAAGACAACUAUGCAGAACCUGAAUGACCGCCUGGCAUCCUACCUGGACAAAGUACGUACUCUGGAGGAGGCAAAUUCUGAGCUAGAAAUUAAAAUCCGAGACUGGUACCAGAGACAAGGACCAGGGCCAGCCUCUGAUUACAGCCCAUAUUACAAGACUAUUGAAGAUCUUCGAGACAAGAUUCUUGCUGCCACCAUUGACAACUCCAAGAUUGUUUUGCAAAUUGAUAAUGCCAGGCUGGCUGCUGAUGACUUCAAAACCAAGUAUGAAACAGAGCAGGCCCUGCACAUGAGUGUUGAGGCUGACAUCAAUGGCCUGAAGAGAGUCCUGGAUGAGCUGACCCUAGCCAGAACUGACCUGGAGAUGCAGAUAGAAAGCCUGAAGGAGGAGCUGGCUUACCUAAAGAAGAACCAUGAGGAGGAAAUGAAAGCCCUGGGUGGUCAAACAGGAGGGCAAGUCAGUGUUGAGGUUGACUCUGCUCCAGGUAUUGAUCUGACCAAGAUCCUGGCUGACAUGAGAGACCAGUAUGAAGUCAUGGCUGAGAAGAACAGGAAGGAUGCUGAAACUUGGUUCAACAGCAAGAUUGAAGAGCUGAACCAAGAAGUAGCCAUCAAUACUGAACAGCUGCAGACCAGCAAGACUGAAAUCACAGAUCUGAGACGCACCCUCCAAGGCCUGGAGAUAGAACUUCAGUCCCAGCUUAGCAUGAAAGCUGCCUUGGAAGGCACCUUGGCAGACACUGAGAAUCGCUUUGGUGCCCAGCUGGCACAGAUCCAGCACCUGAUUGGAAACAUCGAGGCACAGCUGACCGACCUUCGAGCUGAUAUGGAGCGGCAGAAUAGUGACUACAAGAUACUCAUGGACAUCAAGACCCGGCUGGAGCAGGAGAUUGCCACUUACCGCCAGCUGCUGGAAGGCCAUGACUCCUAGAUGUUUUGGACUCUUUACGGAACUGCUGGCUCUCAAAACAGCAGCAAAAGAGACAAGGUGGCUGAUGGAAAGAACUACUGAAGAGACUCAGACUAUCUUACUCUCCAAGAAUAAAAGCACUAGACAACCAGGAAUCAGUACCGAAGGGUGCCAUCACAAACAGACAGUAGUGCUUUGAGAUAUUCACUUAUAAGAAAUUCUAGACCACACAAUGUUCAAGGUAGAAUAGGCCAUUUAUUAGUGAUACAUUUAUGAACUGGGUUAGCUGUUCUUGCAUUUCCAGUUCUCUUUUACUACUAUUUUUGCUGUUUCUACUGUCUAAUAAAAUCAUCUGAUUUAUGCAAACAUCA